CCUUCCUUCCCCAGGUCCUCAACCCCCCUGUCGAAUGGUCUACAGCAGCUACCUUGGCUCUCUGGAUGUGGCCAGCCAGCCUCCCGCUCACAUGGACUCCGGCAGCACUGGGGGGCGGGGAGCAGAGAGACUGGGGUGCACCUUUGCCUUUAAAGCCAGCAGGCAGUAUGCCGCCUUGGCCGACGUCCCUAAGGCCGUCAGGAUCAGCCACCGAGAAGCCUUCCAGGUGGAGAGAAGGCGGUUGGAGCGUAGGACUCGGGCCCGGAGCCCUGGCAGGGAAGAGGUGGCCCGUCUGUUUGGCAACGAGAGGAGGAGGUCUCAGGUAAUUGAGAAAUUUGAAGCCUUGGACAUUGAGAAGGCAGAGCACAUGGAGACCAAUUUGUCAGCCGGGCCCUCACCUUCAAGUGACACUCGCCAGGGCCGUAGUGAGAAGAGGGCAUUCCCCAGGAAGCGGGACCUCCCCAGUGAAGCCCCCACGGCUCCUCUCCCGGACACCUCAGCCUCCCCCUUGUCUCCACACCGAAGAGCCAAGUCACUGGACAGGAGGUCCAUGGAGUCCUCCCUGACGCCUGAUCUGCUGAAUUUCAAGAAAGGCUGGCUGACCAAGCAAUAUGAGGAUGGCCAGUGGAAGAAACACUGGUUUGUCCUUGCUGAUCAAAGCCUAAGAUACUACAGGGAUUCAGUGGCCGAGGAGGCGGCUGACUUGGAUGGGGAAAUUGACUUGUCUACAUGUUAUGAUGUCACGGAGUAUCCAGUCCAGAGAAAUUAUGGCUUUCAGAUACAUACGAAGGAGGGUGAGUUCACCCUCUCUGCUAUGACGUCUGGAAUCCGGCGGAAUUGGAUCCAGACCAUCAUGAAGCACGUCCAUCCGACCUCUGCCCCGGAUGUGACAAGCUCAUUGCCGGAAGAGAAAAACCGAAACAGCUCCUCCUUGGAGACCUGCUCAAGGCCGAGUGAGAAGCAAGAGGCGGGGCCCAGGGAGCCAGACCCUGAGCAGAAGAGGAGCCGUGCUCGGGAGCGGAGACGGGAGGGGCGCUCCAAGACCUUCGACUGGGCUGAGUUCCGACCCCUGCAGCAGGCCCUGGCUCAGGAGAGGGCCAGUGUCACAGGGCCACCCAACACCCUCCCUGAGGCAGAGCCAGGAGAGCUGGAGCGGGAGCGUGCGCGGAGGCGGGAAGAGCGCCGCAAGCGCUUUGGGAUGCUUGACACUGUGGACGGGCCAGCCGCUGAUGACGCGGCCUUGCGGAUGGAAGUUGAUAGGAGCCCGGGGCUGCCUGUGACUCCCGACCUCAAGACACAGAACGUCCAUGUAGAGAUCGAGCAGCGGUGGCAUCAGGUGGAGACCACCCCUCUCCGGGAAGAAAAGCAGGUGCCCAUUGCUCCUCUACACCUGUCCUCUUCUGAGGACAGAAGUGACCGGCUCUCCACUAAUGAGCUGACCUCUCUGCUGGAGAAGGAGUUGGAGCAGAGCCAGAAGGAGGCCUCGGACCUUUUGGAGCAGAACCGGCUCCUACAGGACCAGCUGAGGGUGGCUCUGGGCCGGGAGCAGAGUGCCCGGGAGGGCUAUGUGCUGCAGACUGAAGUGGCCACCUCCCCAUCUGGUGCCUGGCAGAGGCUCCACAGAGUCAAUCAAGAUCUGCAAAGGGAGCUGGAGGUCCAGUGCCGGCGCCAGGGGCUGACCACGCAGCAGACCCAGGCCCUGAAGCGCAGCUACGGGGAGGCCAAGGAUGCAGUCCGGCACCACGAAGCCGAGAUCCACAGCCUCCAGGCGAGGCUCAGCAAUGCUGCUGCUGAGCUCACCAUCAAGGAACAGGCACUGGCCAAGCUCAAGGGUGAACUGAAACUGGAGAAGGACAAGGUCCGUGAGCAUUUGGAGGAAUGGCAGCACAGCAGGGCUGCCCUCAGUGGUCAGCUCCAGGCCAGUGAGCAGAAGCUCAAGAGCGCGGAGGCCCUGUUGCUGGAGAAGACACAGGAGCUGCGGGACCUGGAGACGCAGCAGGCGCUGCAGAGGGACCGGCAGAAGGAGGUGCAAAGGCUCCAGGAGCGCAUCGCUGACCUCAGUCAGCAGCUCAGUGCUAGUGAGCAGGCCCAGAGGCUGAUGGAGGAGAAGCUGCAGAGAAACUACGAACUGCUACUAGAGAGCUGUGAGAAGGAAAAGCAGGUGCUACUGCAGAACCUGAAGGAGGUAGAGGACAAGGCCAGCGCCUAUGAGGACCAGCUCCAGGACCACGAGCAGCAGAUGGAGGUCCUCCAGAAGGAGAAGCUGAGUGCCAAGUUUGAGGGCAGCAAGGUAGUGCACCAGCUGGAGGAGCAACUGGAGAUGAAGGAGGCCAGCAUUCAGAAGCUGGCCGAGCAUGUCCAAAGCCUCAGAGAUGAGCGGGAUCUGAUCAAGCAGCGGUUCCAGGAGCUGAUGGAGCGCAUCACCCUGUCUGAUGGGGAUGUUGCUGAGCUUCAGGAAAAGCUAAGGGGAAGAGAGGCAGACUACCAGAGCCUGGAGCACUCCUAUAGGAGAGUGGCCCACCAGCUCCAGGGCAUGCACACACUGCUGAGAGAAAAGGAGGAAGAGCUGAAGCACAUCAAGGAAGUACAUGAGAGAGCUCUGGGGAAGAAAGAUCAGGACCUCAGUGAGGCUUUGGUUAAAAUGGUUGCCUUGGGGAGCAGCUUAGAGGAAACAGAAAUGAAGCUCCAGACAAAGGAAGAGAUUUUAAGGAAAUUGACAAAGGCGUCCCCAGAGGAAACGGAGGAGCCGCCGAGCUCCCCAGAAGCAACAGAGGGUGGCCUUGCACUUCCAGGCCCACAACUCCAAGCCUCAGGCACAUCUCCAGGCUUCCCACAACCAAGGCCCGAGGAAGAAGACCCAGGGGCUGCCCUUAGGGAUAAGCAUGGGCACAGCAGCCCUAGGAGAGAAGCACACAUGAUGCCCCUAAAGUCAGAAGUGCCUGACAAGGAGGGGUUUUCGAAGAACACAGCAAAAUUUGAGCAGGGGGUACCCAGCGUUAAAAGGCAAAGAAUCCGGUUCUCCACGAUCCAGUGUCAGAAAUACGCCCACCCUGAUGGGUCCGAGAAGAACUGGACCAGUAGCACAUCUUCCGAUACCAGUCAGGACCGGUCACCCUCGGAGGAAAGCAUGUCAUCGGAGGCCACCCUCAGUUCACUCCCUGCAACCAGUGACUCUGACACCUACCUCUCCAUAAUACACUCCCUGGAGACCAAGCUCUACAUUACAGAAGAGAAGCUCAAAGAUGUGACAGUGAAACUGGAGAGCCAGCAGGGCCAGAGCCAGGAGGCCCUGCUCACGCUGCACCAUCAGUGGGCUGGCACCGAGGCACAGCUCCGCGAGCAGCUCCGUGCCAGCCUGCUCCAGGUUGGCGUGCUAGCCUCCCAGCUGGAGCAGGAAAAGCAGGCCAGGGUGAAGAUAGUUGAAAAUCAUGUAGGGGAGCUUGGCAAUUUCCAGGAAAAAAACACUCAGGCCCUGGCUUGCUUAGAAAAUUGCCGAGAACAGCUACGAUCUCUGCCAGGGUCUGGCCAGGAGGAAGCACAGGAGGCAGGUGCAGGGCCCCUGGCCAGCGUGGAGAGCGUGCUAGUAAGUGCCAUCCAGGCCCUGCGUCACUGGCCAGCCCCUGCAGACAGCGGGGUCCAAGCUCAGCUAGAGGAAGGGAGCUUCUUAGAGAAAGGGAAAGAGACUUUGCAGCAGCCACCUCACCUGCCUGAGGUGACGGAGCAGGAGCAGCUGAAGCUCCUUUCUGAUCAAAUAGCUCUGGAGGCCUCACUGAUCAACCAAAUAGCAGACUCUUUAAAAAACACGACGUUGGAUAUCUCGCACAUUCUCCACGAGAUUUCUCAGUCAGGAAAGUUGCCCCUGGAGUCUGGUAGUGCUGCAGUCUGUCUUGGAGCCCCAGCAGACACCUGGGCUAAGAAGGUGCUGGUGGAUGGUGAAUUCUGGAGCCAGGUUGAGUCGCUGAGUAAGCACCUGGGGACGGUGGGGGAAGAGGCGGCCGGUGCAUCAGGAGGUGGGCAGCAGAGCAUCCCACAGGCCCUGGUCCCCGCCCUGGCAGAUGCGACGUGGGUUAGGGCAGAGCUCAGCUUUGCUGUGCAGUCAGUGAGGGAGUCAUUCCACCGUAGGUUGCAGAACAUCCAGAAGACUCUCUGGGGGACCCAGGCAGCCCUACAGCAGCAUAAGCAUGUGCUGGGGGAAAUCCUGGGAGCCUACCAAACCCCUGACUUUGAAAGAGUGAUGCAGCAGGUCGCAGAGGCCCUCAAGCUUCCAGCAGGCAUUGCAGAUGGUGUACAGGCAUCCUGGGACUUGGGCCCAGUAGAAGAACUGAGUUAUCAAGACACAGCCAGCUUCCAGGAGAACUUCCCUGUGUCCGACCCCGACCAGAGCUCCAGGGCCCUUGUUGCUAUUCAGGAAGAACUUGCCUUACAGCUUAAAGAUAAGGCCAGCCUAUUAGGAGAGAUAUCUGCCUCUUUAACUUCUCUCCCCCCUGUGGAAUCAGUAAGAGAUUGUCAGAAGCUUCUUCAGGUGUCCCGGAGUCUCUCCUAUCACACUUACUUGGGAGGCCUUGGUCAGUAUUCUUCAUUAUUAGUUAAAGAUGCAAUUAUUCAGGCUCAGGUGUGUUAUGCAGCCUGUAAAAUCCGGCUGGAGUAUGAAAAGGAGCUUCAGUGCUACAAGGAGUCCUGGCAGAGUAGGGGGCCCUCCUGCCAGGAGCACGAGCAGGCAGUUGGAGCCCUGAGGGAGGAGUAUAAGGAGCUUCUCCGGAAGCAGAAGCACGAGUACCUGGAGGUGAUUGCCGUCAUUCAAAGGGAGAACGCAGCGCUCAAGGCCCAGGUCACCCGGCUGGACCAGCAGCAGAGGUACCUGGAGGAAGUGGAAAGCAAGCACAGCGAGAGCAUGUGUGCCCUGCGGGGUCAGUACGAGGCAGAGAUCAGGGGUGUGGUGGAACAGCUGAGCAGAGCAGAGGACACGCUGCAGGCUGAGCACAGCCGCGUUCUGAGCCAGCUGGGUGCCUCAGUCAGGGACAGGCAGGACUUGGAGAGGCACCAUGUGGAGCAGAUGCAGACCCUAGAGGACAAGUUCCAGCUCAAGGUCAAAGAGCUACAGACCAUCCAUGAGGAAGAGCUGAGGACCUUGCAGGAGCACUACUCCCAGAGCUUACAAUGCCUGCAGGAGACCCUCUGCCACUACCAGGGGCAGCCCCCGGAAGCCCUUCUGACCAACAGCCCCCACCAGCCCCCUUCCUCCAUCUGGCCGGCUGACCAGCCCAAGGAUGCUCUGCAGAUGGCCACUGGGGAGGCCGACUCCAUGACAGGGCUGAGAGAGCGCAUCCAGGAGCUGGAGGCUCAGAUGGACAUCAUGCGGGAGGAGCUGGAGCACAAAGACCUGGAGGGCAACACAGCCACGCUGAGAGAGAAGUACCAGAAAGACUUUGAGAACCUUAAGGCUACAUGCGAACGAGGAUUUGCAGCAAUGGAAGAAACUCACCAGAAGAAGAUUGAAGAUCUCCAGAGGCAGCACCAGCGGGAACUGGAGAAACUGCGAGAGGAAAAAGACCGCCUCCUGGCUGAGGAGACUGCAGCCACCAUCUCAGCUAUCGAAGCCAUGAAGAAUGCCCACCGAGAGGAGAUGGAGCGCGAGCUGGAAAAGAGCCAGCGGUCCCAGAUCAGUAGCAUCAACUCGGACAUCGAGGCCCUGCGGCGGCAGUAUCUGGAGGAGCUGCAGUCAGUGCAGCGGGAACUGGAGGUACUCUCGGAGCAGUACUCACAGAAGUGCCUGGAGAAUGCCCACCUGGCCCAGGCGCUGGAGGCCGAACGGCAGGCCCUACGGCAGUGCCAGCGUGAAAACCAGGAGCUCAAUGCCCAUAAUCAGGAGCUGAACAACCGCCUGGCUGCGGAGAUCACACGGUUACGGACACUGCUGACUGGGGAUGCUGGUGGGGAGGCUGCUGGCUCGCCUCUCACGCAGGGCAAGGAUGCCUAUGAAUUAGAGGUUUUAUUGCGAGUCAAGGAAUCGGAAAUACAGUACCUGAAACAGGAGAUCAGCUCUCUCAAGGAUGAGCUACAGACAGCAUUGCGGGACAAGAAGUACGCUAGUGACAAGUACAAAGAUAUCUACACGGAGCUCAGCAUCGUGAGGGCAAAGGCCGACUGUGAUAUCAGCAGGUUGAGAGAGCAGCUGAAAACAGCCACGGAAGCACUGGGAGAAAAAUCCCCCGAGAACACCCCCGUGGCAGGAUAUGAUAUCAUGAAAUCUAAAAGCAACCCCGACUUCUUGAAAAAGGACAGAUCCUCUAUCAGUCGGCAACUCAGAAACAUCAGGUCCAAGAGUCUGAAGGAAGGCCUGACGGUGCAAGAACGCUUGAAGCUCUUUGAAUCCAGGGACUUGAAGAAAGACUGACUGUGUCCCGUUCAGUUUGAACACACUCUUCCCAGCUUGUGGCUGCACAACCCAAAUGCUACUUUCCAUCUAUACCUUUAUUUUUAUUGUUGUUGUCAUUAUUCACUGUGGGUAUGGAUGCAUGAGAGACAGGUUCAUGGGUUCACACCAUUCCCCACUGUGUUGAUCUGACUUCCUGUUGUCUCUACCCGAGCUUUCCCAUUGCAUUCUAAAAUAAGCCAAGCAGUGGGGCUGACAGGGCUGUCUGCUACAGCUGGCUCUAUGUUGGAUUCCCUUCCCAGUCGUCCACCUCACUCACUCCCUGUCAGUAUUAAGGCAGCCGAUUGAUAAGCUAGCUCUGUCUCACCGAGGGCACUGUGUGGGACCGGCCGGUGGCUGCAGCUCUGCUGCACACUGGGUCCCUUGGGGAGAGAACCAGCCACUGGAGUGUGGUUUUGCCUGGAUCCCCCCACUGGCAGCUCACUAGCCUGCAGGAGGAGCUGGGGAACUGAUCAAAGGCGUGGUUUACAGCCUUCACUAAACGCCACCUUUUAGUUUGAGAGACUUGUAUUUGUUCCACUAACGCAGCUUCAAACCACACCCCAGAUCAUUGUGGUAAACUUUUCACAACCUUGAAAAUGUCGAAACAGCCUUUCCUGUUUUGUUUGUUUUUUUAUUAAAUCUGGCACAAAACCCCACCCUCUCAUUCCUUCCUACCUGAAGCACUUGGGAGAAGAGACUCGAGAACAUCUUAGGUGCAUUAAAGGACAUUCGGGUUUGGAGUGGGAUGUGGAUCUGUCCAUACCCUCUGACCUCAGUGGCAGCUCCUUUCUUGCACCAGUAACCCUGUCUUUCCAUAACUACUUGGCUUGUUGACUUGGCCUGGGAUUUCAGUGUGCUCCGGUUUUUGGGUUCCCUCAGGGAAUUGCUCAAGGGGGUAGGUGAUUCCUCUCUAACCUCAGAAGCUUCACUGCGCUUUAGGAAAGGUGAAGAGAAGACCCCUGUGUUAAGUCAAAAAGAAAGUGCAGAGGAUGUCAAAAUCAGACGAAAAUUGCCCAUUGUUUUCUGUUCUUAACUAACCUGAGAUCUGAAGAGUUCCCCUUUAGCAUUUAGAGAAUCUAAAGUAACACUAUACUGAUAAUUCUGCUUUUUAACAGGUGAGUAAGAGCUUUGGAGUUUCUGUUAUGGCCGCAUGAAAACUAUUAAUCCUGAGAGGAGAAGUCUAAACACACCAGGUUGGCACCAGCUCUGCUGCCUCAGAGCAAGGUGGAGGCACUCGAGUGGGGCGUUGGGGACUCACUCUGAUCACGCUGCCUCUAUCGGUCUGUUGAUUUGACUGCCAAUAGCAUGCUUUUGCUUUGUGUUAAUGCUUGAGUUAGUCUGAUGGUCUCUGGUUAUACAGAUACUUUGGGGGUAAAAAUGUAGAGAUCAUCUUGCUCAGUUUCUAGAUUAAGUCAGUUAGCAAGGUUAUCUGAAGAGUCCUGGGAAGGCCAGAUGGAGGCCCUCGCAUGCUGGCUGCUAGCUGGAGUGAGCCCCCUUCCGCUGGUGCGAUCCUGUCCUGCUCACGCAUUCCUUCUAAGAGGCUUAGCCACACCCGUCUAUCCUUGCUACUAUUCUUCCAUGUUUUUAAAAGCAAGAGAAUGUCAGCUCUGCUUUCUUAAUUCUGCUUAUCAGACGCCCCUGACACGUAGAUUGACAGCGUUUUUAUAAAGGACUGUGACUUUUUGUGUCACGCUCAGGAUGGGAAUUACAGAAGGAAUAUUUGGGACCCACGUGUCCUCUAGGGCAGAGUGAUGCGGUACAGCCUGGCCUCUGCAGCUGUCUGGGCACCAUGGCUUCUGUCAUUCCUUCAGAAUGUGUCGCACCCAGCACGGCUCCCUUUGUGGCUGCCACUGCUCAGCCUCCCAGAGGUUUCUGGCCAGGUCAUGCAUGGAGUCAAGCUGAAGACUGUGCUGCAAGGGUUUGAAACCUGCAGGGGUUUUGAAUAGGUGAAAAGAGCAUUCAUUGUAUUCACUUGUCCCUUGAGGUUAGAUCUCAGGAGUCCUGGUGAACAAAUGUGUUGAGUGCAGCAUUUGGGGGUCCAGGGCAGAGAUGGGGCAGACCUCUUAUCACUGCAACCUCUGUAAAGGAUCUUCCUGCUCACCCCACAAGCAACAGGACUCCCUCUCCUGGGGCUCGUUUGGUCUGGGGUCACCAGGAAAUGGACUGUGAAUGCUAAGCUGGCCAAGAAAUGGGGCACUCUGGCCCCUCUAACAAAAGGCUGGUCCUGCUGCAGCCUCCCUCCCACAGUGUGCCGAGCCUGCGUCUGCCCUGCUGAGUCAUUCCACACUGACAGCUGCCAGGCUCUAAGCCAGGCCUGAGCUUCCUCCUGCUCAGUCCUGUUCUCCAGCUAGAGUGAGCAAGCAGCACAGGACAAAGCGGGUCUCACGGCCUGCCUGUCCCGCUGCAGUGUGUCCUCCAGGCGCCUGCGAGCACCAAAACCCCAAAACCCUAGCCACCGAGGAAAGAGGAACACUGGAGGCUGAGUCGCUUCUGUGUGUUACACAAAGGCCCUCAGGGCUGAGCCGCCACAGAGGCUGUGGAGGGGUAACAGGGUUGUGAGCCGGUGCUCCGUGCUUACUGCCCCAGCACAAACCAAGCAGUGGUGGGAGCCAGCCUCCGCCUUCCAGGAAGGGAAGUGUUACCAGGGACCCGCUCUUCACAGUUGUAAUUACUCUCCUGUACAUGUUCACUACUCACUUGUACUCUGCUAGCAUGUGUGAAUCAGCUGUGGCCAGUGUACUAAUGGGAAAACUGGACAGUGACUGUGUGACAGUUUGUGGACGUUGGCAUUGAUCACGGUGAGCUGCGCGUGCACAUGCGGCCAGUGGUGCUCCAGGUCCACUAGCAUGCCAGCCCCCGAGCAGACGGGGAAGCUGACCCAGGUGACUGGCUCUCUGCAGCCUCUGGCAGAGGUGUGGCCGUGGAUGGGACGAAGGCGGUAGACAGGGCACUUCGCCACUGGAAAUGGAAGCUUGUGCAAGAAGGCGUCAAAAUGAGUCUGAAUUUGUGGGAGGAAGUGAUGGCCGUCCUGGAGUGAAUGGUGGAGGCCAUGAUGGGAACGCUGGGCUUGUCAGGAGCUAAGAUCAGAGGCCCCUCCCCAGGAGUCCAGCAAGUGGAAAGGCAGAGCGCGGGCCAGGCCCCACGCGCCGGCUGGUUAAGUGGAAGCUGCCUUGCCCUGGUGUCCAGAUCCAGCCACGUGUUCCCUGACUGAGCAACUGGGCCCUGGGGUCCUGGCACAGGCCACACACAGGAAGAGAGGGAACUGCAGCUUUUAAACAGUUGUGGCUCGGGAGUCGGCCUGAAAGGAAUUCUGACAGAUAAAGCCAGGAAACAGAAUGGGCCUAAACAUGUUCUAUAGAGAUGCCUUUAUAAUGCCAUUUGUUUCACCACAGAGUAGAUGGAACGCUAACUGCUUUUUAUCACUGCUGCCUGAGGAUCCCUCUAGCAAGUCUGUUUUUAAACUCAUCCUACAGGUGAAGCAGCCCAGUGCCAGCCCCACCCUUGCAGGGCCUGGAGGCUGGGUGCCAGCUCUGCCACCUCUCCAGCUGUAAAACGACAAGGGUUGCUGCUGUCCCUGCCAGCGUUAGCCAAUAAGACUAGGGGGAGGCAGAUGUGUCCUCGACAGGGAGGAGCUGGCAGGCAGUGGGCUCUCAGGAAAGGUUUCUUCUCCCCCACACUUGAAACACCCCCCAGUUCCUGAGGCCCAGGGCUGGAUGAGCAGUUCACAGCAGGGCCUGUGGCCUGACGUCAGGGUGAGGGAUGGGGGAGGCUUCACUCCCUGCCCGCUGGUGCGUGCACAAGGUCUUCAUGGCCAACCACACUGCACUCCUCCCCGGCUCGUUCAUCGGCUUGUCCGGGGCUAAGACAGUUCUCCGGGGAUUCAGAGCUGCUGUUGGGUAGAGAGGGGUGCAGCCGCCAGCAUUUCUUGUUCCCGAAAAUAGAAGUUUACCCCUCGUUGCCCUAAGGAGGCUUGGAAUUUAACAUUCUCCUGUAAAGACACAAUUUCAAAAACAGUUCAGACACCCCGUCACCAAAAAAGGAGGGGAUUUAUGUAUUUUCAAAGUUCUACAAAGGAGAGGGAAGUAUACAGUAUUAUACUUCAGAGGAAUUAAAUUCUAAAGGAGAAAGAUUGGCACAUUAAUUGGAAGCUUCGCUUCUGAGAGAAGGUGUGUCAUCUGGAGUGUCUCCCACCCUGAACCCUGGCAGCUCAGCCCCUGCAGUGCUUAUGAUAAGCAGGAAUUUGCUUUAUAAAUAAACCACCUGCUUGCCCAGCAUUUCCUCCGCUCUGUUAGGGCGAGCGAGCAUCCCCAGUGCCCUGGUGCAGUGGCUGGCACUGGGCCUCCCUGGAAGACGGGAAGAGAGCUGCUAAGAACUUAGUCACUAGAGCUCUUCAAGGCCCUUGCACCCGUUCUUCCGCCUCGCCAUGGGCCUCUGCCCUCUGUCACCCGCAGAAAGAGUGGCUACCAGGCUGGUCUGCUGGGGCGUCUCAGUCCGUGCACAUGAGGCCCGCCAUCGGUUUCCUCCAGCGUCAUGCUCUGUUAACUAGCGUGCAAGCUCCUCUCCCUUGGCUUUUCCAUGGCACCAAAUCCCUAAAAGGUCUGAGCUCAGUCAGGUGUUAUCAGAAUUCUGAUUGUAGGAAAGGUCUUUUUAUUCCCCUGAGAUCAGGCCUAAAGAUCAGGUCCUUCACUUUUCUCAGCAUCGAGUAGCAGGACACGGGGGCUUCUCCGCAGCAGGCCAAGUGUACGCGUGCUCGCUGCUCUGGGGAGGCGUGAGUGGUGUACAGUGGGCAGUGCUGGGUGGUCUUACAUGUGCAGACGCUUGAGGCAGCGUCACACCUCCCACACUAAGUUGAAACUUAAAUACGGACCGGCCUGAAGGGGGUCUGAGAAGGGUUCCUUAUAGGAAACUUGCCAUAAGCCCACCGUGGGAAUACACACUCAGUUUCUCUCGAGUUCUGUCUGCUGGAAAAGACCCAGCCUCUUUUCCCUUUUGAGAACAAUCUGUUUCAAGUAUUCUUGCUUCUCUAUAAAGGGCAGAGGCCUACCUUCUCUGAAAUCUUUCAACACAAGACUCACAAAGUAGGAGGAAUAGCUCAGCACUAGAUCACCUGCGUGUGGAACAAGUGACUAGCUGCUUAAACCCACCUUGAGCCCCUUUCCUCUAGGUUCACACAGGACGGUGGCGACAGGCUGCAGCACACUCAGUGUGGCUCCCAGUUUCCCUGGAUUUAAAAGCAUUUGUCUUUAUCUUCACAGCAACCUGUAUGUAAUUCAGAGCAAGCAGUGUAAAUAUUACUUGUUACUGUAGGGACUUUUGUGACAGUGUGAUGUUCUUUAAUUACGUACAGACACCCUUUUUAAGAUGGGGAGAACAGCUUUCGUGUAGCGUCGAGCCCACCCGACAGUAAAAGGAAAAGCUCUGAGACAGUUUUGACAUCAGGGCCGACACACUGGGUAGGGUACGUGCAGAGUCCAGUGAGUGUCCAGGUUUCCCCAGCUCCUGGGUUGUGUUGUGCAAUAGCACAAAGGCUGCAGACUCGUGCUGUUACUUUAUAAUAUACAUCUAUGUCAAAUAGGAGGAAACGCUUAGUCACAAAAUACUUAAGAAUUGGAUGGUCCGAUACAGGAGGACAUUGAAGUCUCAGGUUGCAGCGUUGUUGGGGGGCCUCCAAGGUGGAGUUUGCGCACCGUGAAGGAAAUGACAGGCGCGGCCAGCCCCCCUGCUGUCCUCACGUUCCCACAUCCUUUGCUCUUUUCCCCCUUUACAACUAGUUAUAUCACAUAUUUCUGUUUUAUUUUAUAGAAAGCUAGGAGUAGAUUAAGAAGAACACUAAAUUAUUGUGUUAUGUUUAUAUCACAAAACUUCAAUUAAAAUGGAUUUUAGGAUUUACAUUUAGUACUUACAACAUAUCUACUGACUUAUUGUUAGGAUUCAAAACCAGUUGAGUGAUAAGAAUCAAUUCAUACAGUUUUUCUAAGUAAUAUUUAUAAAAUGUAAGGUUUCUAAGUGGUUUCUCAACAGUUAUAAUUAGUAAUUUUUCUAUCAGGGUGACUGUCUCAAUUCAGCUACUAAAGACAAAAACAUACUCUGCCAAGCAUGUUAUACUGGGUGAGCUGAUACACAUGAUUGUUCUGCUGUGAGGAGUUAGGAAAUAAAUCACAGCAGUCACAUCUGCCACCGCUAAUUAUUUUAAGUUAGGUGAUACAUGUUAAAGAACAAACUUGUAUAACUUAACUGGUGUUUAAUUUCUGAACUGAUGUACUAAAUGAUAAUGUUCACCAGACAGAAAGUCUCAUGCAGAAGAAAGCAGAGGCCUGAGGGGCCUAGGUGACUACUUAGCACACAGCAGGCUCCCCGAGAGGCCUCCAGGUGGAGGCAGCUCCAGAGCAGAGGCCCCAGAAUGGGCGGAAGAGAAGAGCCUGGUCAGUGAUGCCACUCUCUGUUUUGACAAUUCAAGAAUUUUAUGGUUUAGUUUGAGGCUUUUUUUUAAGUUUCUGAUCAACUGUUCACUAAAACUGAAGUAUUACUUUGUCAAAAUAUUUAUUCCUUUGUGUGACAUGCUAGAUUCCUAUGGAUAUAGCUGAUCAUUUCUAUUUUGUAAAUACUACCUAACUUUACAUAAACUAUAUCAUAAUAAACUAUUUUUGCAUCACC